AUGGACAAGUUCAUAAUUCGAAGACCCGCAAAAAGGUCGAAGGCCGAAGCCAAUUCUGAAGAGGAAGGAGAGAAUAUUCCUAAAACGCGAGUACCGAAGAAAGCAAAACUUGAAAAGAAGAUGCUAGUCAAAAAAGUAGUCACGCGAAAAGGCAAACAAGUUUCAAAAAAAUCAAAGAAUGACGAAGGGGAAGAAAUCAACCAAGAUAAAGAACUUGAAGAGGCUAUGGAAGAGGAUGAAGCCGAGGAAGACGAAAAAGACCUGGCCAUUAAAAUUGCAAAUGGGAACGCAUUGAAUAAUAAUAAGAGUUUCAAUUGGAAAAAAGGCGAACCUGUCCCUUUUACCGCGUUAUGUAAAACCUUUGAAGCAAUUGAAAAAGAAACAAAACGAUUGGUCAUACAGGAAUAUUUGAUGACAUUUCUUAAAAACGUGCUCGAAUUAACUCCUGACAAUUUACUACAAACAUUAUAUUUAUGCUUGAAUCGCAUAUGUCCAGAAUAUGAGAAUUUAGAAUUGGGAGUUGGGGAAGGUAUUUUGAUGAAGGCGAUUGCGGAAUCUACGGGAAGAAAUUUAGCUUCCAUUAAGAAAGAUAUGAAAACAUUAGGAGAUCUAGGAUCGGUUGCAAAGGCUAGUAAACAAUCUCAAUCUACUUUAUGGACGCCGAAGGCUUUAACUAUCCCGAGUGUCUUCAAUAAAAUGAAAGCAAUCGCUAUGACUACUGGGCAAGACUCGCAAACCAGGAAACUUGGUGAGAUCCAAGGACUUCUUUCUGCAUGCACAACCGGAGAAGAAGCCAAAUUUUUGACCAGGUCGUUAGAAGGAAAACUUCGUAUUGGCUUAGCCGAGCAAACGGUUUUGAUCAGUCUUGCUCAAGCUAUUUUAUUGAAGGAUCCUCAAUAUCAAAAAUUAUCAAAAUCUGCCAAAGCGUCCGAACUUGCAGAAGCACCAAAUAUCCUAAAGGCAGUUUAUAGUGAAGUACCAUCAUACGAUAUUGUUGUUCCCAAAUUGUUAGAAUUUGGUGUGAAGGGAUUAAGGAAGAAUUGUAAAUUGACACCAGGGAUACCCGUAAAACCAAUGUUGGCGCAUCCAACAAAAAGUAUCACCGAAGUUCUAGAUCGCCUUGAAGGCCACAAAUUCACUUGUGAAUUUAAAUAUGACGGGGAAAGAGGACAGAUUCAUAUACUUGAAAAUGGUACAAUGAAAAUUUAUAGCCGUAAUCUAGAGGAUAAUUCACAAAAAUUUCCAGACAUCCUUGAAAAGAUUCCAAAGGCCCUCAAACCAACUACCAAGUCAUUUGUGAUCGAUUGUGAAGUGGUAGCAUGGGAUAGUGAAAGUCAUUGUAUUCGUCCUUUCCAGAUUCUAAGUACCCGGAAAAGAAAAGAUGUAAAAGAAGAAGAUAUCAAAGUCACAGUUUGUGUUUUUGCCUUUGAUAUUUUAUAUUUAAAUGGAGAGUCGUUAUUACAAAAACCACUUUCUGAACGCCGACAAAGUUUGUACGAUGCAUUUCAACCUGUAAGGGGAGAAUUUGCUUUUGCACAUCAUAUGGACGCUACGAAUAUUGAAGAGAUUCAGGUAUUUUUAGAUGAAAGUGUCAAAGACAAUUGUGAAGGAUUAAUGGUGAAGAUAAGCGAGGGUCCAGAAUCCACUUAUGAGCCUUCUAAAAGAUCAAGAAAUUGGUUGAAGCUCAAAAAAGAUUACUUGUCCGGUGUUGGUGACUCUUUGGAUCUGGUUGUGAUUGGGGCUUAUCUUGGACGUGGCAAACGUACAAAAUUAUACGGCGCAUUUCUUCUCGCGUGUUAUGAUCCCGACAAUGAAGAGUACCAAGCAAUUUGUAAGAUAGGAACCGGUUUCUCUGAUGCAACUCUCGAAGAACACUACAAGUUCUUGAAAGAGCAUGAAAUUGAAGCACCGAAAUCUUAUUACAAUUACGAUAAGAACACCAAACCGGAUGUAUGGUUUGAACCUUGCCAGGUUUGGGAAGUUCUCGCUGCAGAUUUGAGUAUUUCUCCUAUUUAUAAGGCUGCUGUCGGUGUGUGUGACCCCACUAAAGGAGUAUCUCUACGUUUCCCUCGCUUUAUAAAAGUACGAGAUGAUAAAACGCCUGAAGAUGCUACCACUAGUGAACAGAUUGCAGAAAUGUAUCAACGACAGUUCCAAGAAAGAGAAUAA